UAAAGAGUUUAAUAAUAUUCAAUAUUGAAUAUAUUUUCAAUUUUGGUCAUUACUCGUUAGUUUGUAGUCUUACUACUUAUUAGGACGUUUAUAGUUUCUACACGGCUACACUUCUAUACUUAAAUUACAUAUUAUAACACUGAGCACUUUACUAUUAAUCAAAUGAAUAACAUAAAUAUUUAUCUAUCAUCGCAAUUUACCGGUUUGAUGGAUUGCACUUCUGCAGUCGCGAUGGAGCAGCUAAAAUCUAUAAUGCCAUGGUACUGAUUAGGAAGCAUAACUUUCCGGUAGUAUCAAGUUUAGGGAGAAUGGAGAAGUAUGCAUGAUUCUUGUUCUUUUAUUUCUAUUUUAUUCUAUGUUUCAAAUAUUGCUUAUGCCACGGAAGUAUAAUUUAAUUAAUAUGCAUCUUGAGAAUACUGAGCUGAGCAGCAGUUAACUUUUGAAAUAUUACUAUAGAAUUAACUAUGAAGUCUAAGCAAUUAGCAGUUGUCUCCUGGGAUUCAAAAUUACCAUUUCCGAAAUUUCCAGUCUGGUUGUAUGUUUUAAUAGUAGCAUUUGUAUCUAUAUUAUGCUAUGGUAACUCAUAUUAUGGUGCUUUUGUGUUUGAUGAUUCUGAGGCAGUUGUAAAUAAUCAUGACGUAAACCUAGAAACACCAGUGGUUAAGAUUUUUAGCCACGACUUUUGGGGUACGAGACUAACGAACCAGGCUAGUCAUAAAUCUUACAGACCUCUUACAAUACUGUCCUUUAGGUUUAAUGUUUGGUUAAAUAAUGGACAUUUAUGUCCAAAGUCAUUACAUUUAACCAAUAUAGUUUUACAUGCAAUUGUUUCCUGUCAACUGUUACAUGUCUAUAAUUUGUUAUUUAAUGGAGAUUCUCCCAAGACUUCAUUUUUAGCAGCUUUGAUGUUUGCGGUGCAUCCUGUUCAUGUUGAAGUGGUGUCUGGUAUAGUUGGACGUGCUGAUCUACUUAGUGCGUGUUUGUCUCUUUUUGUCUUCAUUAUUUAUCAUAGAACUGCAACAGCUAAACAAAUAAAUACAUUAACCAACAUAAUAGCUACAGUAUUUUGUUGUAUAUUAAGUGCGAUGGCUAUGCUAUGCAAAGAACAAGGACUUAUGAUUAUGACGUUCUGUGGUGUGUUUGAAGUUAUUGUGAUCAACAAAAUCACGUUUCAAAAUAUUACGAAAAAUAUUAAAACCUCAAAAAUAAUUCGAUUGCUUAAAAAAGAAUCAUUAGAAAGGCUGUUUAUAUUGAUUGCUGGAUUUUGUAUUAUUCUUUAUGGCAGAUGGACUAUUAUGGGUUCACCUCCUGUUUUUCAACAAAUUGAUAAUCCUGCAUCAUUUUUAACAACACCAUUUGAAAGAUUUGUAAAUUACAGUUACAUCUAUUUCAUUAAUAUUUGGAUAAUGAUAUGUCCUGUUUGGCUAUGUUUUGAUUGGUCAAUGGGCUGCAUCCCUCUGAUACGUUUUAAUACAUUUCCUAAAGAUCCAAGAUUGUUCAUUGUUUUUGGAUUUUGGACCAUUCUUGUAUUAAUAUUUUAUAAAAUCCUGUUUUCAAAAAAUUAUGAUAAAAAACAAUUACAAAUGGGAUUUCUAUUAGGUCUUUUAUCGUUUCUGCCUGCUUCAAAUUUAAUGUUUACAGUUGGAUUUGUCAUUGCAGAAAGAGUGUUAUAUUUGCCUUCAGCUGGUUUUAUUAUAAUUAUAGUCUUGGGUAUCAGGAGAUUAUGUUUAAAUUAUUUUGUUCAAAGAGUAAGUUAAUAUA